AUGGCUUCGCUACAACAACCUAUUCAAGAAAUUGAAACGAGUCCAGAUAUUGUUUCAUCAGUGGAAACGGUUAUCGAAACAACGGAAUCACAUAAUUCGUCAAUAGAGGAAGUUGAGACUGAUUUUGUUGCAAAAAUUAAGAAGAAUAUAUUCACCUUAUGGCACAAUGUAACACAAGAUCGUCAUGGAGAUCAAAUCAAACAAGUGAGACUUUAUCACGUUUGGCCAGGAAAAAAUGUUUUCGCGAACUUAAUAAUGGUUAGUGUGAUUGAUCCCGGAAUUAUUCCUCGGAACAAUGAAUCACCAUCCCCUGAAUCGACUCAAAAUGGGAGAGUGAGAAGCAAAAGAGUGUUUGUAAAUGGUUCGGAAUUGAAAUUAAAAUAUUGCCGAAUUUGUAAGAUAUAUCGUCCGGCUAGGAGUUGCCAUUGCAUUGUGUGUGACAAUUGUGUCGAUAAUUUUGACCAUCAUUGCCCUUGGAUUGGUCAAUGCAUCGGACUGAGGAAUUAUCGACUUUAUGUGUUGCUGUUGGUUAUUGCAAAUGUUUACUUUGUCUACAUAUUUGGUUUCUCAUGUUUAAAGAUUCAACAAAAGAAUGGUAGCAAUGGUUUGAUUGGUUUGGUGAGAGAUUGCCCUGAGACAUUGGUGUUGGCAUGUUUUAGUUUUGUUGCUGCAUGUUUUGUUGGUGGAUUGACUUGUUAUCAUGUGUUUCUCAUUGCUACUAAUCAGACGGCUUAUGAAAAUUUUAGGCAGCAGUAUGGAAGCACUAAAAAUCCUUUUGAUAAAGGAGUUGUGACUAAUAUUAAGGAGGUUUUAUUUUCACCUUGGACGCCUUCAAGGAUCAAUUUUCGUUCUGAAAUAUAG